UGCAGAUAUGGUGGCACGUGCUUUUUUUCAUUGGGUGUUGUACAGGUUCAGGUGAUGUUAAUGAGCGAAAAUUGAAUAUGGUAGGCUUUACCUCAACUCCUGCUGUCGUAUUCUCACUUUCAAAUUCUAACAUUCGUGGUUAUACAAUGGAUCCCGAUAAAUCAAAUAAUAUCAUACUCAGCAUUACUCUCUUACAAAAUGGAUUGCUAACAGAACAACCACUAUGCAAUUAUUUGGGUGAUAAAGUUGUAUGCAGAAACAAUGUUAAUGUUGGCCAAGGAAAUGCAAGUUCGAAUUAUCAUGAAGCUAUUAUAUUGAAGUCUACAAACGCCGAUGAUGCUCGAGUCGGUCAGUUUACAGUCUACGCCAAUAAGAACAAUCGAAGUGCAACAGCCACAAUCAUAGUCCACCAUGCAAUGGCCGAUGUAAUACCAAUUGUUCGCACCAAGACCGUUAGUAUAGGCGAUGGUAACGUUACAUUGGGUGUACUGUGUGAGGCUACUGGAUGUACAGGUACUGGAGCUUUACGAUGGGAAAAGGACGGAAUUCGAAUGGAUAAUUGGAAUAAAGAGUCGGAGAUUUUAUUCGAAAACAUUUCCUCAGCUGACGACGGGAUAUAUGAAUGUUAUAAACAAAAUGAACAAAACGAAAGAAUAAAACACGCCUUUAUGCAGCUGAUAGUAAGAGAAUGUCCACAUAACAAAUGGUCUCCGCCUGAUUGUACCAAGGACUGUGAGGUGUGCUAUAACGGAGGGGUAUGUGAUACAUACAUUGGAACCUGUAUAUGUCCUUCGGGAUUUUAUGGAAGGAGAUGCGAAAAAUCUGCUGGUGAUAAUCGAUUUGGACGGGAUGGUCGAAUCCCAUGUAGCAGUGAAAAUGGCGGAUCAUGCAUUGGGAAUCUGAUUUGUCCACCUUUGCCACAAGGUUGUGCCUGUCACGCUGGCUGGAAAGGACUCGACUGUAGAACGGAAUGUGCAGGUUACAUGUAUGGCGCUGACUGUCUACAAGAUUGUCAUUGUGACGCUUCUGAGUGUGAUCGUUCAAGAGGAUGUAAUGUGAAUGCAACAUGCCACCCUGGAUACGUAGGCGAAAGAUGUUUAGUUAAAAAUAUAACUGAAAAUUCGAGUCAUACGACGUCUGGUGCAAGUACAACUAAUGAUGCCGAGUACAGGAAUGGAUUGGAACUACAAAUAAUGGCGUAUUUUAUACUUCGCUAAAGCUGGUCAUAAUAUUCAAUAGGAGUUUCAAACAAUAUUUAACAGUAACAUCGGCAUUGAUAUCGACUUUCUAAUACGGUCGUGGAAAUAUAAUAUUUACAUUACACAAAUUAUACAUUGUGUAUGUACAGUAUGAUACGAUUAAAGCAUAUGGUCUGUGCGUUAUUACAAUACCAUAGAAUGAGACUGUUUCAGCAUUAACAACCAUAGUCCCACGUUCAUUCUACAAUAUCAGCGACACUUGUAUUGUAUCUUGCCAUGUCUUGGCUCUGUUGAUCAAUAUUGAACAAAUUCGUGAUUUUCUACGAGGAUAUUUUUUACAAAGCAAAGGCCUACCAACAAACUAUGCAUGUACCAAUUGGCUCUUUAGCGUCAAGACGCCCUUAAAAAUUACAAUACUGAAUGACUCGUUUAUGUUACAUUGAAACGUAGCUUAAGCGGUACUUUACAGUCAGGCUAUCAAACCAAUACAAAACAAUUAAAAAAAUUAUUAAUCGAUUAAAGAAUAUGGAUGAUAUUAUAGAUUGCCUAUAUUGUUACUUGGAGCGAUUUUUCAAGAACUUAAGAAUGGACUGCUGUUAUUCUGGGAUAUAAAAGACCAAUUAAACUUCAGCAUCAUCAUUCGCUCCUUGAUGCUUUCACUUGAUGAUAUUCUCUCUACAGUUUGCAUAUUAUAAUUGAAAAUCGGCCGAUGAAAAUUUUGAUAAUUACUGUAAAUAUGUAUUUGGUAGAAAAUAUUAAUUGGAAGGUCUUGGGUUCAAAUCCCGAUGAGGACAAUUACACGUUUUCUCAAACCUUCAUUAUUAUCAUUAUUUACCACCAGUGGAGGUGUAAUUCCGUACCAACGUUACAAUCAUUUGCUGUAAAAAAAUAUAUAAUAGGCCUAUAUAAUAUACAAUAUAAUGUGUAUUUAUAUAUGAAUAUAAAUUUAGAAUGGAUAAUGACGAAAUCAUCUCAAAUAUUUUGUAAAUCCAAUAAAGUAGAAAUCAUUGUUACUAAUUUAAGUUUUCUUAAAUCUUUGUAUUAUUAAGAGGACUAUUUAA